AAUAUCUCCGGUUUACCCAGACAGAGCAACAAAAUCCACUCUCUCGACUCUGAGAAAAACCUCGCUAAAACCCUCUCUCUCUCUCUCUCUCUCUCUCUCUCUCUCUCUCUCUCCUCGGUUUUGCUAUCUUAUGAGCUUCACUCUCACCACAAACCCACAAGAAAGAUGCAAAUUUCUCUGACCAUUUCACCCUCCAAAGCCCCUCUAAUUUUCCCCUUCCACCAACCCAUCUCCCAAACGCCAAAGCCCCAGAGAGCUUCACUGCAAACCCAUGCCAAUUCCGUAAAUUCCCUCAAAGGGUCGCCUUUACUGCCCGCAUUCGGUCGGGCAAUCGAGGACGAAGAGUACCGGCUUGCCCGGUCCCAGGUUCUCCGCAAAGGUAUGGACUUGGAGGGCUUGAACAUCGAGGGUCUCUCGAUUGGCGGCCAUGAGACCUGCAUUAUCGUCCCGGAGUUCAAAUGCGCUUUCGACAUCGGGAGGUGCCCCUCCAGGGCCAUUCAUCAGAACUUUUUGUUCAUCACUCAUGCCCAUCUUGAUCAUAUUGGUGGGCUGCCAAUGUAUGUAGCCAGCCGUGGUUUGUACAACUUGAAACCUCCAACGGUAUUUGUGCCUCCUUGUAUUAAAGAGGAUGUGGAGAAGCUAAUAGACAUUCACAGAACGAUGGGUCAUGUAGAAUUGAAUCUUGAUUUGGUAGCAUUGGAUGUUGGUGAAACAUAUGAAUUGCGGAAUAACCUUGUUGUCCGGCCAUUUAGGACUCAACAUGCUAUACCUAGCCAGGGUUAUGUGAUUUACUCGGUUAGAAAAAAGCUGAAGAAGCAGUACAUUCAUCUAAAAGGGAAGCAGAUUGAGAAAUUGAAGAAGUCUGGUGUUGAGAUUACAGACGUUAUAUUGUCACCAGAAGUGGCCUUCACAGGGGAUACAACGUCAGAUUAUAUGCUGGAUCCACGCAAUGCUGAUGCCUUGAGGGCAAAGAUUCUUAUAACUGAGGCAACUUUUCUGGAUGAAGGGUGCAGCAUUGAGCAUGCACGACAACAUGGUCAUACUCAUAUAGACGAGAUCAUUGAGAACGCCCAAUGGAUAAGAAAUAAGUCAGUUCUGUUAACCCAUUUUUCCUCCCGCUACCAUCUGGAGGACAUUCGUCAAGCUGUAUCAAAGUUGCAGUCCAAGCUGUCAGCAAAAGUGAUCCCUCUUACAGAAGGUUUCAAAUCCAUCCACGCUUAGAUUCCUAAAUUUUUAGAUCAUUUUGUCCAUUACUACAUGUAAUAUGUAUAGCGAUAGAGAAAAAAUGUAAUCGGAUUUUCGGUAGAUCAAUUCUAGGCUUCUGUUUGAGUUAUAUCAUUGCUAGGUUGUGAUCGUGGACAAGUUUCUUAUCAAUACAAACCUCCAUUCGAAGA